AAGCCUUUAACAAACCUGCGCUCAUGUUGCGGCUAUUGGGUUUCCAUGGCAACAACAAACGCGGUUUGCCCGUGAGGACCGUCUGAGAGAAACUGUUAGCUCUGUCAAAGCGUUAACUCCGCGUUUUUACUUACUUUUUCACUUUACUUGGUAUGUUGGUUGGUACAUUUAAGUACCUGUACAAUGACUGUACUGAACUAUUAAACUCAGGUAGCUGCUGUAACUUGGCAGGCCUAGCAACAGUCACAUAAACUACUUCUAGCCUGACAGGCUAUCAAGCUACCUCCAGCUGUAGGGACCCGCUACGUUUUGUGAAAACAAGCCGGACUGACCGGGAUGUCCGAGAUGGAUGAAGAUGCAGUCAUGUCGGAUGUAGAAGGAGAGGAAGAAGCGUAUCAAGAAGGAGGCGGAGAGGACGAGAAGGUACAGCUUUGCCAGUUGACCCAAGAAACCAUAAGUCAGGGGCUUUCCUUACUGUGCCGAACAGGAAAUGGACUUGGACAUGCAUUUGUCAAAUUGGAACUUCAAGACAAAAGUCUGAAUGACAUAGCUGCAAUCAGCAGUUUUAUUCACGUACGUUUUCUGGAUCUAUCCAACAACCACCUUACUGAUCUUUCUGCCCUGGCGUCUCUGACCCAGCUGCUUUGGCUGAAGGUUGACAGUAAUGCUGUGGCAUGUUUCAAAGAGCAACCUUUUGCUCACUUGACAUACCUGCAGUGGCUGAGUAUGGCAGUCAACCGGCUGACAGACCUGGAUGGCCUGGUGGGGCCUGCCUUGGAGAGUCUCAAUCUUUCAGGUAACAGCAUUGAGAGAGUGAGCAGUCUUCAGACUGGCUGUUUUGCCAACCUGGUAACUUUAGAGCUGAGGGGGAACCGCUUGGAUACCACUGAUGGCAUCAACCUUCCCAACCUGCAGCGGUUAUAUCUGGCCAAAAACUCUAUCAAACGUCUGGAGGGUUUAGAGAGGUUAGAGCGCCUCACUACACUUCACCUUCGAAACAACCAGCUAGAUACUCUGGAUGGCCUCAGCCCCAACAUGAAGUGUCUCCAGUACCUCAAUGUCAGAGGCAACGCAAUCGUAGAGGAGAAUGCCCUGCAGUGUCUCGGGCUUGUGUCAAAAACUCUGAGAGCUUUGGUCAUUUCUGAGAAUCCUCUGGUGGAGACAACAGACUGCCGAAUGAGUGCACUGAUGCUCCUGCCAUACCUGGAGAGACUUGAUAAAGAUCCUGUCUCCCCUGAGGAGAGGGCUGAGGCCCAGGAGAGAAUUAAGGAACUCAAUGAGGAAAUAUUGGACCCAUAGGAUUUGUAAUGAUGACCACAAUGAGGAAGUGUUUAACUUCCUUGAAAACAUGUCUGGUGUAUGUAUAGGUAUGAAAAGUAAUGUAUAUCUUAAAA